UUCUCAAUGAAUGCCAUCUACAUCCACCCCACAUCCGUCUUUGUUUGGCUUCUCGGAAAAUGCCAUCUGCCACGGAGAGAACACUCGGCAUCUACGAACUUGCUGAGAAAAUCAUCCUCCAUCUCCACGAUCCAAUCCAGAUAAUCCGCGCCCAGCGCGUCUGCAAAUCCUGGCACGAUCUCAUCCAAACCUCCCCCGCUCUUCAGGCCGCCUGCUGGUACCAACCAAGCCGUCAACCGCCUUCGGAACAUGCCGACGAAACGCAACCAUGGAUCCUCAACCCCGCAUUUAGCCGACUCGGCUUGUCAAUUGCAAAAGAUAAGGUAUAUGCCCAAGGCGGGAUCCAGGAGCGCGCCGACUUUAGUCUCGAGAACCGAAUCUAUGAUAAACCAGGUUCAUGGACCACAAUGCUGGCCACGAGCCCACCGAUGCAGCGCAUACUAAUCGAGUGCUAUGGGGAUUACUCCAGUGACGAGACCAUGUGGUAUCUCAUAUCCUCAAACCACGGCCCGCUUCUAAUCGGCGACGUGAUGGCCUCCCUUGCCGAAGCCCAAAACAGGCAGGAAUGCGGCAUUGACCGCUGGGCGGGCGUGCGCCACUACACGGGCGCACUCGUCCGCUGGACAGCAAGCGACUGGGACCAGAAUAACGACUGGCGGGUCCUCGAUGACAUGCCCCGCGAUGGCAACGGCGACGUCGAGUACGAUGUUAACGUCGUGGUUAGUCUCCCCUGGGGCUCGCCGGAUGCCACGGCGUUUUCGUUGCGCAGGGUGCACUGCAGUAAGGAGGAGGGGUCUAUAUGGGAGAUGAUUGUCCAUACGAUGGUUACGGGGGAUGGGGAGGUGUAUCACUGGGAUUAUUGGAAUCAUGGCGGGUGUCCUGGGAAACCGGUUUGUAAGGGGGACCCGUAUAUGGCAAGGUUGCUGGUUGUGGGGGAGCUGCCCGAGUGGUAUAGGGAGAAAUGUACGCAUAGAUUUCGAAAUGCUCCUCCACGGGAAGAAAAGUGAAGCAUGGACCUCGUCCAACAUGGUUGAGUGGUAAGGAAGGACAAACCUUUCGAUCGGUCCAUGGGUGCUGCAAAGGUUUAUUCGCAUGACGAAUCGCAAGAUUAUCCACCGAUAGCCAUCUAUCCAUGCAGGUGGCUGUCUUCGAACCGAGCCGUCCUGGUAGCGUUGUCUCCAGAAUCCUUUGAAUACAGUAUCACUCAUUGAGAGCCAAGCUGUGAUUGUAUGCGCCCAAUUUUUCUCUCCGUGGAAGCUUGCAGCAAUAGAAUUAGCGAGUGGUGUCACAGAUACAGCCGAGGCGCCCGUGUAAACCCCAGAUGGCCAGACAUGCAUUCCCCACGUUAUCAAUCUUAUAACCAACAGUAUUCACAGGGCGUCUGCUGUUCUUCGCACUCCGCCAAGGCAAUCGUUAGUUACUUUCCCCCG